AUGGGGCGGAAGAAGAUCGUGAUCCGGCGCAUCGAGAACAAGGCUGCACGGGACAUCUGCUUCUCCAAGCGCCGGCAGGGGCUGUUUCGCAAGGCGAACGAGCUGGCCGUCAUGUGCGGCGCCGAGCUCGGUGGCACCAGCGCGAACGGCGGGAUGGAGGAGCUGAUGACGGCGAUCGCCGGCGGUGGGCUUGAGCUGGGUGGCACCAGUGUGAAUGGGGGGACGGAGCAAAUGGUGACGGUGAUGCCAACGCCGGGGUUCGAUCCUUGGUUUGAGCUCGGUGGCACCAGCGCCAACGGCGGGAUGGAGGACCUGAUGACGGAGAUCGCCGGCGGCGAUGGGUUUGAGCUGGGUGGCACCAGCGUGAAUGGAGGGACCGAGCAUUCACCAGCGUGGGUUUGAUCUGGAUGAAGCAUACGUAUUUCUGUUUUUUCCUUUUUGUUUCUCUUGUUGCGGUGCAUCGGCAACCCAACAUAAUGGCUUGCAGUGUUCUGUAUCCAUUGCCCAAAUUAAUGAAAAUACAAGCCUUUUUUAUUAUUUUAUUUUACAGCAUGAUUUUUGAAUAGUUUAGAAAAACGUUUUUUUCCUUGUUGAACUAUUGGCUUCUAACUUUCUCAUCUACUCCCUCCGUUCCUAGAUAUAUGUCUUUGCAGAGAUUUCACUAUAAACCACAUACGAAUGUAUAUAGAUGCAUUUUAGAGUGUAGAUUCACUCAUUUUGCUCCGUAUGUGGUCUAUAGUGAAAUCUCUUCAAAGACUUAUAUUUAGGAACGGAGAGAGUAGCUGCUUAAACAAGGAAAGAUGUCAUGGAGAAAUAUACCAAUGAACAUAUCUUAGCCUUUGUCUAUUGUGCAAAUAGAUGAAUCAUAAUAAACAAAUAUACUUGUUUCUUACAUUAAAAAAUACUUGUUUCUUAAUGAAAAAAUCUCUAUGAAAGAUCAUAUGUGGAACGCGCGCACACACACAAAUAAUAACUGCAUCCAUAUAUAGCCCGAGCAAAUGAAGGAUAAGAACCAUAAUACGGAUGCUGUUGACACUAAAUUUACUGGCUAACCUGAAUUUAACCGAUAGCUAGUUGUCCUGAAUUCGUUGCAUCUCAUGGCAAGAUUAGGAUUAUUAUUGAUGGUAGAAAAUUAAUAUGAUUGUCCAACAAUAAAUAAAUAGUUUUUAGGGUAAUAAAUAAAAAAAUAGUUUUUAGGAAAUAAAUAAAUAAAUAGAUGUGACGAGGAAUUAGCCCAAAACAGGGUGAGGCAAUGCGGGCUGGGCUUUUAGGCAUGCAGACCUUUAGUCUGAUGACAAGGGCCAUUGCCCGUUCUGCCACAAAGAGUCAAGCUAUGAAGGGAUUGCACAUAAGUUCAACAUGCUAAGCACUCUUCCUAAAAAUAUGUCGUAAAUCUUAAGAUGAUGUACCGGCCCAGUCUCUCGAAAGCACUCAUAGGGGUAGGUGCGUGUUUGCGUUCAUAGGGGUGAGUGUAUGCGCGUAUGUAUGAGCACUUGCGUCUAUACUGUGUUAAAAAAACAUAUUUGUCACUUGAACUUGGUUUUCAAAACGAGGGUAAUGACUUGCUCAAAGUAAAACCAGAGAACCAUCUCAUAUUGAACUAGCAAACAUAGUAGGCUUAGAUCUGAAAAUAAAGAAAGUUAGGUAUCAUGCAUAUUAUUUCAAAGAACCAUGUCGAUAAAAUGAAUGAUUUGCUAGUGCAAACAUACCAUGAUAAUUAUUACCCUACGAUGAUUUGCUAGUGCUUUCAUAAAGGGAAUACAGGGUUUGCUAGUGCCAAGAAAAAAAGCAUUCUCAACCUGGAUUAAAAUCAAAAUAUACUUAGAUCUACUCAACUAAACAAAGUUCGAUGCACAUGUAUCUGUAAAAAUCACGUUGAUGAGAUAAAAGUGUCAGAGAUACCUUAAAAUUUAUUACCUUAUGUUGACAUCAUCCAGAUCCAUCUUCCUCGCCAUCGGUGCAAGCUAGGAAAGCCGUUGAUUCGAAUAACAUCUCUAUCGAUCUACAGUCUUGUGCCUAACUCUAGAAUUUAGUUUUAUUGAUGUUGGGAAAUAUUUUGAAGUUUAUGUUCGUGAGAUGGACUCUUAUCUAUUGGACAACAGAUAAGAGUGCAUCACAAGCAGAAACUUCAAAACAACACAUUAAACAUCAAUCCAAUUAAAUUGUAGAGUUAGGCACGAGAUGGUAGGUCGGACAUACUGAACCUGGAUUAAAAAUAUACUUAGAUCGAAACAACUAAACAAAGUCUGAUGCCAAAUAUAUUUGUAAAAAUCAUGUUGAAACAACACACAUUACCCGGUCUCAAAUUACUUGUCUUAAAUCUGUCUAGAUACAAAUACAUCCGUAUCUAGACAAAUCUAAGACAAGUAAUUGGGGACGGAGGGAGUACAUGACAUCUUUGUUGUUUAAGUAGCCAUAUGAGAAAGAUAGAAGCCAAUAGUUUAACAAGAAAAAAAUGCUUUUGUAAACUAUUAAAAAUUAUGCCAAAAAAUAGAAUAAUAGAAAAGCUUGUAUUUCCAUUAAUUCGGUGCAAUGGAUACAGAACACAGUACAAGCCACUAUGUUGGAUACACACCGCAACAGGAAAAAUUAAAAAGGAAAAACACAAGUACAUAUGCAUCAUCUAGAUAGCUAGCUAGGUGGAUACGAGACCGCCUUCUAGAAGCACGAUGCAUAUGACUAAAACGAGACGGAA